AUGGCUAACCGAUCGGUGGGCGUUGCGCUUGCAAUCAGCACAAAGUUUACCGAUGAUGAUUUCGGAAAUGCCCUAAGUUUUGCUCAAAGAGUGUUGGAAUGUCCGGCGUCGCCGCUUGCUUCCACAUCCGAUGUCACCAGGCAAUUGCAGAGAUCGAAGGCGAACAAAGCAAAGACAGCAGCUGAUCAGUCGAAAGCUAAACGAACUAAAUGCAGGGAUUUUUCGUCGUCUUCCUCUUCUUCCCGGGAACAGUUUGAUAGCUUUUCGGCCAGUAAGUAUUACUCAGACAUCCCGAAUCUCGCCUACAUGGACAACGCCACAAGUCUGUUCAUCAUUCGUCAAAUGCUCAAGCGAUAUGGCGAACAGUCCCGCGAAGAAGAAUCACGGUGA